AUGAAGGGAGUGUUGGAAGUGGACACUGAAAUGGCUCGAAGAGGUCUCUUCAAGAGCUACAGAUUUCGGGCUGGUGCGCAUGACAGAAGCCUCCUCGUGAAUUUUGUCCCCUCCCCCCCUUCGCUGCUCAUCAACUGCAGGCGAAGCUUCGGGGUGAUGAUGCUUGAGAUCAUGCUGACCAAGCCUGUUGUGAUGCUCGAGAGUGGCGGAAUUAACAUUCGAGACUGGGUCGAUAAACGCAUGCAAGCGAACGACAUAGAAGCCCUUAAAGACCCCAGUCUUGAUUCGGUGCCCAAAAAACUUCUACUCAAACUCGUUGAGCUUGCUCUUCAAUGCACGUCGCUCCUCGCCUCGUCACGACCGCACAUGAUUGAUGUUGCCGCGCAGUUGGGCGCAAUGCGAAGGGAUUUUUUUGAAGUUCAAGCAUCGACAAAGGAUACUAGGCUGCUCAAGAUUGAUAAGGAGUUUCGGAGGCAGGGUUCGGGACCCCAACGCAGUAUGGAGGAUGAGCUUGAGCUACUUGACGGGAUGCUCGGCAGUGGGACAUAA